ACGCAUGCCCCAAGCUAUAGCUAGCGCGGCACGUCGCCUCCUUCUUCGCUUUCCUCUCGAUCGCUUCAAAUAAGGUCGCCGAUGAGUAGUCCGGCGAGCUAUCUGCGAACAGGCGCCAUGCAGUCGGUGCUGGUAACUCAGGCGCAGCACGCGGCGACGGCGAGGCGCGCCCCGCGGGGAGGGCGAGUGCUCCGGGAGAGUGCCGGGACUGCGCCGGCGAGGGUCGGGUUUGUACGGGCCCCGCGCGGCGGCGGCGGCGGCGGCAGGAGGGACCUGAGCGCCGCCGGGCUCGGCCGGUUGCUCAGCUAUGCCACCGGCGAUCACAAGAACCAUGAGGUGGAUGACGUCGCGCCGGUGAGGCUGUUCGUGGGCUUGCCGAUCGACACGGUGACGGAUGGCGCGUCGGUGAACAGCGCCAGGGGCGUCGCGGCGGGGAUGCGGGCUGUGAAGCUCCUCGGCGCCGACGGCGUCGAGCUGCCGGUGUUCUGGUCGGUGGCGCAGCCGGAGUCGCCGGACCGGUUCAGCUGGGCGGGGUACAGGGCCGUCGCCGACAUGGCACGCGACGAGGGGCUCAGCCUCCGUGUCACGCUCCACUUCCACGGCUCCCCCGGCGGCAACGUCCCCUUGCUCCCCGUCUGGGUCACCACCGCCGCCGCCGACGACCCCAACAUCCACUUCACCGACCGCUCGGGCGGCCGCCACGAGGACUGUCUCUCCUUCGCCGUCGACGAGCUCCCAGUCCUCCACGGCAAGUCGCCGCUCGAGUGCUACGACGCCUUCUUCCGCAGCUUCGCCGACUCCUUCCAGGACUUGUUCGACUCCACCAUCACCGAUGUGACGGUGGGGCUGGGGCCCAACGGCGAGCUCCGGUACCCGUCGUACCCGCCGGGGAGCGACGGGAGGGGGUUCACCGGCGUCGGCGAGUUCCAGUGCUACGACAAGUACAUGCUGGCGCGGCUGAGGCGGCACGGGAAGGAGUCCGGCCAGCCGCUGUGGGGGCUGUCGGGGCCGCACGACGCGCCGCGGUACAGCGAGUCGCCGGACGCGUGCGGCUUCUUCAAGGACCACGGCGGGUCGUGGCAGAGCCCCUACGGCGACUUCUUCCUGUCGUGGUACGCCGGCGAGCUGGUCGGGCACGGCGACCGCGUGCUCGCCGUGGCGAACGGCGUGCUCGGCGACAAGCCGGUGGAGCUGUCGGCGAAGGUGCCGUUCAUGCACUGGUGGCACGGCGCGCGGUCGCGGCCGGCGGAGGCGGUCGCCGGGUUCUACAAGAGCAACCAGAAGAACGGGUACAGCCCGGUGGCGAAGAUGUUCGCGCGCCACGGCUGCACGGUGAUCGUGCCGGGGAUGGACGUCUGCAUGAACAAGCAGCACCGGAUCACUGGCUCCAGCCCCGACAAGCUGCUGGUGCAGAUCAAGAACGCCUGCCGCCGCCACGGCGCGCGGAUCGCCGGCGAGAACGCGUCGCUCGUCGUCACGCACACCAGCAGCUUCUCCCGCAUACGGAGCAACAUCCUCACCACCGAGCGCAUGCGCCCGGGCCACUUCACCUACCAGCGGAUGGGCGUCGAGUUCUUCUCGCCGGAGCACUGGCCGGCGUUCGUCGAGUUCGUGCGCGGCGUCGUGUGCGGCGAGUGGGACGAGGACGAGGAGCGUGACGUGGACGCCACGUCAGGCAAUGCCAACGCCAUGGAGGCGCAAGCUGUCUAGUCUCUGAACUCUCAAGCCUGAACCAUCAUCAGUCUGCCUCCUUGGCCUGAUGUGCAUAUGUGCUGAUGUGAUAUCAUCAGUUUCAUUAAGUAGUAGUUUUGAGAUGAGAUGAUCCAAUUAUUAGUGGAUCAAAGUUGAAGUCUACAUGCAUGUCAUGUAAUAAUAAUGAUGCUGUGUAUGGGAUUGCAUCCAAAUCAAAGUAAACUAAGUUUGUAAUUGCUGUCAGUCAAUGGAUUUACAGAUAACUGUGCUGUAGAUAGACUGUACUUCUUGUCUGAUAAAAAUCCCUAUUCUUA